GAAUUCCCUUUUAUUUUAUAUGAUGAAAGAAAAUAUAAAUGUUCCUCACCAAGAAAGGAAGUUUAUACAGUUGCCCCUUGCAAUCAUCCAAGGGCUGUUGGUUCUAGGAUCCCAGAAAUGUCUAGGAAUAAAAAUGAGAAUUUGAAAUCCAUCAUGCCUUUACUUUGCAUGUAUCUUUCAUAAUGACCCCUGAGAAUUAGUUGCAGAUGUGUUUGGAAACUCUUCUCACUGGCGGGGUGCCUUAACAUUUACUGGGCUCUGUAACCCUAGUCCUAAUCUGCCCUUUGAACAGUGUCAUAUUUGUUUAGCUGCUCAAUAGUUACAGGCAGCUUAUGGUUUUUAUUUUAUCUAUUUAUUUGUCUUUUGGUGCUAGGAAUCAAACCUCGGGCUUCCCUCAUGCUAGAAAUGUUGCUGAAAUGCUGCUGAAAGGGCCAGAGAUGCAAGGAUUUGGGACACAUGUUGAACCUUUAAGCUGUCUGACAUUGACCUCCUUUCAUUAUUAAUAAAGAAGAAGCAGGAGCUUAGGAUGUAUUAACACCACCUCAUUAAUGUACUAACUGGACAAGGUUCUGCAAACAAUUCUGCAUGUAAAGAACUGGAUUGACACAAAAUAAAGUAAUUGUAUAUUUUGCUCAGCUUAUAGUAUGACUCGAUGGAGGAAAAUUUGAUGAGCAUGAGGGAAGACUGUUCUCAUGUUCGUUACAGAAUGGAAGCUUCUUGCCUAGAGCUGGCCUUGGAAGGGGAACGUCUGUGUAAAUCAGGAGACUGCCGUGCUGGUGUGUCAUUUUUUGAAGCUGCAGUUCAAGUUGGAACUGAAGACCUAAAAACACUUAGUGCUAUUUACAGCCAGCUGGGUAAUGCUUAUUUCUAUUUGCAUGAUUAUGCAAAAGCAUUAGAAUACCACCAUCAUGAUCUAACUCUGGCAAGGACUAUUGGAGACCAGUUGGGGGAAGCCAAAGCUAGUGGCAAUCUGGGAAACACCUUAAAAGUCCUGGGGAAUUUUGAUGAAGCUAUAGUUUGCUGUCAGCGACACCUGGAUAUUUCUAGAGGACUUAAUGACAAGGUGGGAGAAGCAAGAGCACUUUACAAUCUUGGAAAUGUGUAUCAUGCCAAAGGGAAAAGUUUUGGCUACCUUGGGCCCCAGGAUGGAGAAUUUCCAGAAGAAGUGAGAAAUGCUCUGCAGGCAGCUGUGGAUUUUUAUGAAGAAAACCUAUCCUUAGUGACGGCUCUGGGCGACCGAGCAGCCCAAGGACGAGCCUUUGGAAAUCUGGGCAAUACCCAUUACCUCCUCGGCCACUUCCGGGACGCUGUCAUAGCUCACGAGCAGCGCCUUCUCAUUGCAAAAGAAUUUGGAGAUAAAGCGGCUGAAAGAAGAGCAUACAGCAACCUUGGAAACGCUUAUGUAUUUCUUGGAGAAUUUGAAACUGCCUCUGAGUACUACAAGAAGACAUUACUCCUGGCUCGACAGCUUAAAGACAGAGCUGUGGAGGCGCAGUCUUGUUACAGCCUUGGAAACACAUACACUUUACUGCAAGACUACGAAAAGGCCAUUGAUUAUCAUCUGAAGCACCUAGCAAUUGCACAGGAGCUGAAAGACAGAAUUGGUGAAGGAAGAGCAUGUUGGAGCUUGGGAAAUGCAUACACGGCCCUAGGAAAUCACGACCAAGCAAUGCAUUUUGCUGAAAAGCACCUGGAAAUUUCAAGAGAGGUCGGGGAUAAAAGCGGUGAACUAACAGCACGACUGAACCUCUCGGACCUUCAGAUGGUCCUCGGUCUGAGCUACAGCACAAAUAAUUCCAUAAUGUCUGAAAACAUCGAUGUUGAUGACAGUUUGCAUAGUGCACGCACCAAGUUGGGACGACGACACAGUAUGGAAAAUAUGGAGCUUAUGAAGUUAACACCAGAAAAGGUACAGAACUGGAACAGUGAAAUUCUUGCUAAACAAAAACCACUUAUCGCCAAACCUUCUGCAAAGCUACUCUUUGUCAACAGACUGAAAGGGAAAAAGUACAAAGCCAGUUCUUCCACCAAAGUGCUCCAGAAUACCAGUAAUUCCAAUGACCACCGAGUUCCUGGUGCUCAGAGGAAAGUCAGCGCAGACACCACUGGAGAUGAGGGAUUCCUUGACCUGUUAAGCAGAUUUCAGAGCAACAGGAUGGAUGACCAGAGGUGCUGCUUACAAGAAAACACCUGCCACGCAGCCUCAACAGCAACUGCCUCCACUCCCCCCAAAAUGCUGAAAACACCAUCUGUUUCUGUGGUGUCCCCCAACACGGAUGAGUUUUUAGACCUUCUUGCCAGCUCGCAGAGCCGCCGCCUAGAUGACCAGAGGGCCAGUUUCAGUAAUUUGCCAGGGCUUCGUCUGACGAAAAACAACAGUCAGUCAGUACUUAAUCACCUAGUAACUAAUGACAACAAAGAGCCUGAUGAAGACUUCUUUGACAUCCUUAUAAAGUGUCAA